CUACACACAUAAACAGCAGACCUCACUUGAUUUACCCAAAAUCAAAACCCACUUACUUGCUUCCCGGCCACAUUUCGAUUAUUUCAAAUGGCCAAAGUCAUCCUUUUGCUGCUGCUUUUCCUUUUCUUUUUUAGCUUAGCCACCGCGCUUUCUCCCGACGGGGAAGCGCUCCUCUCUCUUCUAUCUGCAGCCAGCCCAUCAGCAAAGUCAUCAUCUUCGGUUCUCUCCUCAUGGAACCCAUCAUCGCAGACUCCAUGCUCAUGGCACGGCAUAGCAUAGCAUGUUCACCCCAAAACAGAGUAAUCUCUCUGUCUCUCCCAAACACUUUCCUGAAUCUUUCCUCUAUUCCACCGGCACUCUCCUCACUUUCAUCCCUUCAGCUCCUCAACCUUUCCUCCACCAACAUCUCCGGUACAAUCCCUCCUCCCUUCGGCCAACUCACCAAUCUCCGCCUCCUAGACCUUUCUUCCAACUCCCUCUCCGGCCCCAUUCCCAAAGAGCUUAGCCAGCUCUCUGCCCUUCAGUUUCUUUGCUUGAAUUUUAAUAGACUUAGCGGUCAGAUUUCACCGCAGUUAGCCAACCUCACUUCCCUCCAAGUUCUCUGGCUCCAGGACAACCUCCUCAAUGGUUCAAUUCCAUCUCAACUGGGUUCUUUGGUUUCCCUCCAGCAGCUCAGAGUAGGGGGAAAUCCUAAUUUGACAGGGGAAAUCCCUUCCCAGUUAGGUCUCCUCACCAAUCUCACAAUAUUUGGAGCCGCCGCUACCGGAGUUUCAGGCGUAAUCCCACCCACAUUUGGUAACUUGUCCAAUCUCCACACACUGGCUCUUUACUACACAGAGGUAUUCGGGUCGAUUCCUCCUGAAAUUAGAUCAUGCUUUGAGUUGAGGAAUUUAUAUUUGCACAUGAACAAGCUGACCGGUUCAAUACCUCCACAGCUCGGUAAGCUUCAGAAGCUCACUGGCUUGUUUUUGUGGGGAAAUGAGUUGUCAGGUCAAAUUUCAGUAGAGAUUUCUAAUUGUUUUGCACUUGAUAUGAAUGGUAAUCAAAUUUCCGGUGGGAUACCCGGCAAACUGGGAAAGCUAAGGAAUCUCAAGCAGCUUGAUUUGUCCAAUAAUAUACUAAGUGGAUCAAUGCCGUGGCAGUUGAGUAAUUGUUCAGGUUUAGUUUCAAUUGAGUUUGCCGGGUAUCCCACCGGAAAUUUGAUUACCAUUCAUAUCAAGCUCAACAAGUGCAAAACAAUUACAAGAAUUUUCGAAAGGACCACACAUGUGACGUGUCGCUGGACCAAGAACUUGAUUGCUGAUCAGCCACUGUCCUUUUAAUUCCAUCCGAGGAGUAUUAUUAUUAUUAUACAAUGUAUCUUUUAGUAAUACGUAUGCAUAUAUAUAUUUUUAUUUUUAUAGGAUAAAAAUUUAUUAUUGAGUUACUUAAUUUGUUCCCAUCUUCUAUUAAUAUUUUAA